GCCUGCACAGUCAAAAUUUUUGCUCAUACUUCAAUCUUUCAUGCCAGAAGGACAAUUUUUGCAGUGCACAGAGACACACACUGUAGGCGUACUCAUGGGUUGCUGUGCCAGUAAAUAUAAGAAAAUAUCUCCAAGACAGGAUGACUCACCACGCGGUAAGCCACCAGCGCAAGGUGAAAACAAAUCACAACAUAGCGUACAAGAAGUAAACGAAACACAAAACAUUGUGAAUACGGAAGCAGGCACAAUAUAUCCAUUCAUGGGUAACGCAUGCGCAUGCACCACACAUGUCAACGUGUGCCCCACAAUUUGCGGAAACGGAUACACGCUCCUUAACACAACAGCACGCAGCCCAACACCUAGAGCAACCCCAUUACGACAGGAAGGCAACUCAAACGGUGUGCCCAAUGGCAACGCUUCUCAGUCAACACCAAUACAAGAACCAGAACCAAGCCAUGAGGAUACAGUUGUUAAGGGUACACAAGAUGAUCCUGCACGCAACCCAACACCUAGAGGAACCCCAUCAGGACGGGGUGGUAACUCAAACGGUGUGCCCAAUGGCAACGCUUCUCAGUCAACACCAAUACAAGAACCAGAACCAAGCCGUGAGAAUACACCUGUUAAGGGUAUACAAGAUGAUCCUGCACGCAGCCCAACAUCUAGAGCAACCCCACCCGAAGGGGAAGGCAAUUCGAACGGUGGGUCAAUGGGCAACGCGUCUCAGUCACGUGUACCAACACCAGCACCAAUACAAGAAUCCGAACCAAACCAUGACAAUACACAUGUUAAGAGUGCACUAGAUGAUCCUGGUGAUGCACGGAUCCCUAUUCAGGAAACGAGCAAGAACAAAUAAAAUUGAUUCGACGGCUACUGGUGAUAUCAUGGAUAACAUAAGCGUGAAGAGUUUAACUUCUUUUUUCCUUCUUUUUCGUCGUCGUCAUCAUAAAAAGAAUCUUUGGAGUUCGACUGACUCUGUUUUUCUUUCACUGGGACCUUCACAACAAACAUCACUGGAUAAGUGGGUGUCCAGAGUGGACAUCUAUAAGACAAUAUGUGACAGUAGGGCCUACCUACAUGUAUUCUGCAGAAUUGAAAUAGAUUUAUUUCAUAAUUAAUCCAAAGUUGCAAAUAAAACAACAUUUUUGCUUUGUUGCAUAAUUUGAACAAUUAUAACAAUCAUUGAAGGUGGGACUUGUUUAGCGCCAACCCUACCGAAUAGAGGAUUGGAAAAAGUCACAUGGGAUUUAAAAUGAGAAUGGUAUUGCUGCGAAUUUGCAGCAGGCCUUAUAUUUUGCUAUGGGCGUUAUUGAAGGUGGGGCUAGGUAAGCGUUAUAGAAACGCCAUGUUUACAAGCCUUGGGCUCUAUAAAUAAAGAGGCAGGGUGUAUGGAGAUGAUCAUCAUCAGUUUUAAUUAUUAUAUUUAGCUUAAUAUAUCAAAGCGCGCAGAUCUCUUGUGAUAUUUUAUAUCCUAUUUGAUAUGCCCUAAUGUACUUUUACUUUUUGUAUUUUUAUUAUUUACAAAAUGUUCUACAAUUGUUAUUGCCAUAUAUUUUAUUUUCCAUCUACAUGUAAUGGUUGCAAUAUCCCAAGAAAGACACUAGCUCAGCAUACUGCAUGAUACUACACAGAAAUAAAAUAUCAAAAAAGUAUAUAUAUAUAUAUAUAUAUAUAUCUCGAAAAUUAUAAAGACGAAUGACUGUUUCUGGAUUUAAUUUUUUUUCUUUUACAGUGACGCUCUCGUGACAUUUUAAUCUUACCACCUUGUAAUGCUACACUUGAAUUUUGUUCCACUCCUACUACGUAUGGCCUUUGUAAAAUAAUAGGAACUAGUAUAAUUUUUUCUUUUACUAGCCUUUUUUGUUAUCGAUUCAAGUUGCAUUGUAAAAUCUACUAAGCAAUUUUAUAUUUUAGACUCAAA